AUGCUCAUCACUUCCCUCCUCACGAUCGCUCUUGCCGGGGUCCUUGUCGCUGCGACCAGCUCGCCAACCAUUCACGAGCGCGACGCCCCUCCUUGGGCCGGCAGCAACCUGUACUUCCUGCACGCGCUACCCAUCGCGGAACAAGAACGCUACAUCAACACGCUCGCCAGCUGGGGUGUCAAAGUCAUCCGCCUCUGGGUCACCGGCCUCCCCGGCGGCUGCAUCAAAGGCAGCCCCAACACAACCGCGAUCCCGCACCUCGAGCCCACGACCGUCGGCACCUACGACACGACCGUCCUCGCCGCGCUGGACGCAACCCUCGCCCUUCUCCACUCCGCCGGCCUCAAAGCCAUCAUCUCGCCGCACGACGCCGGCCAAAUCGCCGGCGCGAACGGCUGCGACGCCUACUGCGCCAAAUACGGCAACCAAACCGCAUUCUACACAUCCGCCGAGGGCAUCCAGGACUACGAUGCGCGAUUGGCGGUGGUGCUGGGGUACGAGAGUGCGCAUUUCGGCGGGAGGAAGUGGGGAGAGCUGAGCGAGGUGGUGAUGGCGUUUGAUGUGCAGAAUGAGCCGAUGAUUGAUGCGGUGGGGUUGUUGGAGGAGGGCGAUCCGGGGAAUUGGAUUUGUGGAAGGGCGAAGGUGAUGAAGGGGUUGAUGGGAGAGGGGUCUGGGGUGAAGGUCGCGACGGGGGGGAUUGGAGGGAGUCAGUAUUGUUGUGAGCAUGAGUUUAAUGGGUUGAAGAGGGCGUUGGAGUGUGAGGCGGUGGAUAUUGUGAGCGUGCAUGGGUAUAUGAGUAAGGCGGAGGACUGGGCGUAUUUUAUUACUGGGGAUGCUUCUAUUCUGAAAGCGGUUGAGGCGGCGGAUCCAAGGAAGGAGGUCGUGAUUGAGGAAUGGGGCGUGGCGGCGGAUUCGGAAGACGGGUUCGAUACUCAGGUGGAGGUGUUUAAUGAUGCGGGUGUACCCUGGCUAUACUGGCAGGUAGUUCCUGGAAAAGACCAGACGCAAAACGGGUGCCUGGCAAAUUGUGGAUAUGACGGAUUUGAGAUCGGCUUAAAUAGCGCGAAGGGGAAUGUCAGCUCCGCUCUCACAAAAGCAUAA